GGGCCCAUGGAGGAGCUGGGCUGGAGCACGGACGCCGGCGGGGCGGUGUAUCGUUCCCGGGACCCCGUGCGGAACCUGCGCAUCCGGGUUCACAUCCAGCGGGUCACUUCCACCAGCCUCCUCCUGCAGCAGCUCCAGCAGCCCGCCGGCCAGCAGGGGAAGGAGCUCAUCAGCUUGGCCACCUUCAGUUCCCACCCAGCAGCAGGUGGCCAUUGUCCUGAUGAUGAAGAGGAGGCAGUAAUUGGUUGGCAAGAAAAACUCUUCAGCCAGUUUGAGGUGGAUCUGUACCAACAUGAGUCAGCCUGUCAGACCCCCUUGGAUAGGCAGUACCAUCAGGAGAUCCUGAAGCUGGAGAAGUCAGGAGGCCGGAAGAAUUACCGCAUCUUCACCUACACAGACCAUGACCGAUUCACCAACCUGAAGGAGCACUGUCAGAAAGUGACCAGCUCAGAGCAGGAGGUGCCAUCAUUCCUGGCAGAGAGGAUGGCCACUUUAAGGAGAAGAAGGCAGGACCGCAGGCCAGCGGAAGGAAGUGUUCUGAAGUCCCGCGUCAUCACCUGGAAGCCCUCAGAAGAAUUUAUUAAGAAUAACCAUGUCAUCAACACCCCUGUUCAGACCAUGUACAUCAUGGGAGACUUGGGACCAUAUGGGACGCUCGGCCACAGGGAAUAUGAACACGUUCUUUGCACAGUCAAGGUGGAUGGCAAUGGGGUGAUCACAGUGAAGCCUGAUUUCACGGGCACUAAAGGUGUUUACAGGAUUGAGCUGGAUGGCGAGAAGCGGGAGCUGUGGAGGUACACCAUUGAGAAUGCCUCAGCCCAGGUGCAACGAGAGGAGGAGGAGCGGGAGCAGCGCAUGUUCAGAGAUUUGUAUAGUCGGCACAAGGAAUAUCUCAACGGCCUUGUUGGCUCAGACUUUGAGAUGACUCUCCCUGGUGCACUUCGGCUGUUUGUGAAUGGAGAGAUAGUUUCAGCCCAGGGCUACGGGUAUGACCAUCUCUAUGUUCAUUUCUUCCUGGAGCUGCCCAGCCGUUGGUCGAGCCCAGCAUUCCAGCAGCUCUCUGGGGUGACGCAGACCUGUGUCACCAAGACCCUGGGCAGGGACAAUGUGGCAUACUUCUCCUACCCCUUUACUCUGGAGAUGUUUUUCACCCAAGAGGAUGAGUCAGAAGGCUCUCUCCCACAGUGGCCUGUGAUCUAUUUUGAGGUUCUCUCGCUGGAUUAUUGGCAGAGGUAUCGUGUUGAAGGUUAUGGCUCUGUGGUGCUGCCAGCAGCUCCAGGGUUCCACACCCUGACAGCCCCCACCUGGCGACCCGUUGAGUUGGGGACGGUCGCUGAGCUGAGGAGGUUUUUCAUUGGUGGGUCCCCUGAACUGGAGGACGUGACCUACGUCAGGAUGCCAGGAAUCUUCAAGGGAGAGUGCCUGAGCCGCUUUGGCUUCCGCACAGAGACAACAGGGAGCGUCACGUUCCGGCUCCACUGCCUGCAGCAGUCUAAAGCCUUCCUGGAGUCCAGUGCCCUGAGGAAGCGCAUGCAGAGUGUGCUGGACCGGCUCGGGGGGUUCAGCCAGCAGAGCUCCCUCUACAGCGUCCUGGAGUGCACGCGAGCGCUGCAGCAGGGAAGGGCCCGUGGGCACCCUAACAGGCACUGCUACCGGAAGGUUCUACCUUCAUGCCGCACAAGUUCCAAGAAUGUGAAUAUGUCAAGUCCACCUCAAAGGACACCAGUUACAAGUAAGUAG